CAUAAUAAAAGUACUCAAAAACAGCAUUAUAAAAAUAUUCCUAAAAGUACAUUUUUUCAAAAAAGUUACUCGAGUAACUAGUUACUACGCAACUCUGCAGAUAAUUAACUAGGACAUUAACAAUAUCUCCCCCUACUGGACUCAGUGGUUUAUAGAUUUAUAAACCAUUUUGUGCGAUGAGGCUCUAAAUUAGACUUUUGCAUGGGGUUUAUUAAAACUAUCUGUCUAUUGUGAAUAACACCUGCGACCUUUAAUACAUUCUAAAAAAAAUUGUUGCCACAUUCAUAAAAAUUCUGUGUUAUUGAUCAGUGUAUUAAUAUGUUUUUUUUUUCUCUUUCUGCAGGUGUAGAAGUCUUCUCUCUUUCUUUUUCUCCUCCAACCUUAUGUCUUUCAUUCCCUCUCUCUCUUUCUUUUGGGCACAUAUGUAACAUGUCCAUUAGAUUUGACUUAAACCCAAAGCAAUUUCUAAAUGUGUAAAUGUGAAUCUUGUCCAGUCUCUGACCUGCCUAAUUACAAUUUACAAUACAUGUCAUCAAAAGUCUAGCAGAACAACAUGACUAAUCAAUCUGACUGUCUUAUCCAAACACAAUGAAACGAGGACUUCAUAUUCUGAAUCUCUGACAUGUUCAUUGAUACAGAUAUUUCAUUUUGAGACAUGAACUAAGAAUUUUGAGAAAUAAACUGGAUUCUGUAGGUAAUCCAUGGUGUUUUGAUUCAUACCAAUUGUUUUGAGAAAUGCAUUUAAUGUUUUGUAAAUGUAGGAAAAGAUUCGAGAAAUCCACCAAAGCAACUGAGAAAACCUGCAACCCGGCAGAAAGGCUUCAUCCGAGCGAUAUUCAUUGAAUAUGACUGUAUAUGUAACACAGCCAUAAUCUACUGAUUAGAAAAGGGAAUUCCGGGAAUUCCACAUGAUAUAUAUUCUGUGAAUCUAUUGGUCAAAAACACAUGUUAGUGAGGCCCGUGAUACAACGUCAGCGCAGAGUCCUGCAGCCAAUCAGAAAUCAGACCCAAAAAUGUUUAGUGGAAGUAUUUGAGCGGCAUUUUCAUCAAGAGGAUUUAGUGCAGCAGGAAGCUUCUGUAACUGAGCUGGAACAGUCUGCAGCUUUCACACUUUGGUUCGUUUAUUUUAAUGUAACAGGUAGUUUGUGCUGCAGUGGGGUGAAGGAGUGAGAGCAGAGAGGAGAGGGAUGCUCUCAUCACAAAGAAAGCUGGAUUGUUCUGGGCCGAAAUUCCCAGGCGCGUUUUCAGAACUGAACACUUUUACCUCAGAUGCAAACACACUCGAAUUUUUAUUUUUCAUUCUUUCCAACGGCAUCAGCUAAUUGCUAGAAGGAAGACAGAGACUGAUCAGAAACUUGGAUCUUUUUCUUUGGAGCUUCAGCUCAUCAUCAUUAUGGAGGAAAAUGUUCAAGGAGAACCUGAGCGUCCAAAGGGCUCUGGAGAGGAGUCCAACCGGGCCAUCCUGCCUCUGCUGCAGCAGCCCGGGAUUCAGCAGUCCGACCGGGUCACCAACUUCUACAUAGACAACAUCUUAAGGCCGGACUUUGGCCGAAAGAGAAAGAAAGGCACAUUAUGUGUUCGGGGAGGACACGGGCUGGAGGAGAGGAGCGAGGUGUCAGGGAGAAAAGCUUCCAAAACGGACUCAAAGCGCGGCAGGACAGGAGGACGGGAGGACAGCUUGGGGAAGUCCGACCACCAGCCUGCGGAGUCAGAGGCGAGCGGCCCCGGGCUGACAGCCUGCGACUCAGGCCGAGGGAUCUCCUGCCGCAGCCCCGAGAGCAGCGAGGCCCCGGCGGCUCCAGCGGCCCCAGCAGCCAAGCCGAUGCUGUGGCCGGCCUGGGUUUAUUGUACCAGGUACUCCGAUCGGCCUUCAUCAGGGCCCAGAUCCCGCAAACCAAAGAAAGCCCCGACCCCGAGCAAGGAGGACAAGCGGCCCCGGACGGCCUUCAGUGCCGAGCAGCUGCAGCGGCUGAAAGCGGAGUUCCAGAAGAACCGGUACCUCACCGAGCAGCGGAGGCAGAACCUGGCCCUGGAGCUCAGCCUCAACGAGUCUCAGAUCAAAAUCUGGUUCCAGAACAAGCGGGCCAAGAUUAAAAAGGCCUCCGGGAAGAAGAACUCUCUGGCGGAGCACCUGAUGGCGCAGGGGCUGUACAACCACUCCGCCGGCCGGGAGGCGGAGGCCCGCUCCGACAGCGACUGAAGCCAUCACAUCACCAGCAUCCUGGGCCGGUACCGCCGCUGUCUGACAUCACACAGUUCUGCGCGCUGGACUGUUUAAAGCACGGCUGACAGAGCUGCAGCCUCACAGACAAAUCUCCUGAAAUGUUUUAGAUGUAGACUUCUUUCAUCUUGAAGGCUCAGCUGAGGCAGAAGGCCGGCCCGGAGCGCUCCAGGCCGACCAGAACCACCGGCUGACAGCGUGGCUGCUGGAACCCAAAGACAGCUCAGCUGCUUCAUGGUAGGCCUUCUGUUUGUCCAGCUGUUCUGUUGCUGCAUUUUCCUUUGUGAGUCAAAGCUCAGCUAGGUUUCAAUGUAGAGCUGAUCUGGCAGCAGGCGCCUGCAGAGCUGCUAGUUUUCUAGGUUUUCAAUCAUUUAUGGACCUGACCGGAAAUGCCUUUGGAUCUGUGGUUCCAGUGCUGCCUUAUCGCAGUUCCCCCAAUUUCCCAGCAAACUAUCGGUGUCAAUAAGUGGGAUCAUGCGCUCUUAUUUAUACCCAACACAGCCAGAAUCCAGAGCAAAGACGCUCUGACAUGUUUACAUAAUUUAUUUUUCUACACAAACCUGUCUUUGAAUGCAACGUUUGGCGGAUCAAUGAAUAUGAAUCCAAACCAAAUGUAAGCCUUACAAUGCAGUCAACUUUUUUGUUUCCUUAAAUUGCUUCUGUUUCCUAAUGAAGAUUUUAUGUUUUCAGUUGUUUUUGUCCAUUUCUGAUAAAAUUCUCCUUUUAGACAACAUGUAAAUAAUUUAUGUCAUGAUGAUGUGUAAAUAAACAAUGCAGAUCUGG